AUCUCGGAAUGGAUUCUGUUGAUUGCUGCAUAUGUCCUCGUGGGCUUGAGAAUGUAUACUCGCUUGCUUGUGCAAAGACAAAAGUUGAGGUUGUCCGAGUACAUUCUUUUGUUUUCGGCUUUGAUUGGGUUGGGAUUUAUCAUCUGCGACUUGGAGUUAUGGAUGAUUGGGAGUCCUCGGUCACGUUGUCCAAGAUCUCGUUUACAUCCAACUACUUCUACGAUUUUGGCAUGGUGANNGGCUUCCCCAAAUUGAGCAUGCUGGCAUUUUAUUGGGGCGUAUUCCCUGCCGACAGACCCAUACUGCGCAAGGCCAUGUACGUGAUUAUUGCCUAUGUGUGCUCUGCCUACAUGACCGUUCUCUGGACAGACACUUUCUACUGCGGCACCCCAGUCUCUGUCCAAUGGAGCCAGGAAGAAGGUGCCUGCAGUGUGUUCUACGCAGAAACACCAUUCUACUUUAACUUUUCCGUCAACCUUUCAUCCUACAUUUUCAUCUAUGGUCUUCCUCUCUUCUUACUCAAGGGAAUGAGCAAGGAACACAAAACCGCCAUUUACUUUACCUUUUCCUUGGGCAUCGUGCCAGCGUUGACGACUUUGAUCCGCUUCGUCACGUUGAAUACUGAUUCGAACGAACCUAAUUUGGUUUAUAUCUUGAGUAUGGUUGAGAUGGCUACGGCUAUUGCUGCGGUCUCGGUGCCCGGAUUGAAGCCGUUGCUGGAUAGACGUGGUGCGACUGCUGAUGAACCUUCGUUUGUUAGUGGAGAGGUCGUCAGGGAGAACAAGCAUGGUGACGAGGUU